GGGGGACGAGAGAGACACCCUUGGCAUCUGUGGAAAUUCCGGAUUAGGCUGAGAGGGAACGCUCCGGAGAAAAUGGAUUCUGUCCCCAAGGUGGCCAGUGUUUUGACUUUGCUGUUCUCCAGUCUCUACCACCCAGGAUUGGCAGCGACCAAUUAUAACUGUGAUGACCCAUUGUCAUCCCCACUGGCUCCAACAGCAUUUUCCAGUUCUUCAACAUCCCUCAGUCCUCACAAUCCUACCUUUGCAAAGCUCAACAGCAGGGAUGGAGGUGGUGGCUGGUCUCCAGUGCAUUCUGAUGGUAAUCAGUGGCUUCAGGUGGAUCUAGGAAAUAGGGUGGAGAUUACAGCAGUGGCCACUCAAGGAAGAUAUGGGAGCUCUGACUGGGUCACAAGAUACACUCUCAUGUUCAGUGACACGGGACACAACUGGAAGCAAUUCAAACAAGAAGACAUCGUCUGGCCAUUCACAGGAAACACAAAUGCUGACAGCAUCGUGCCCCAUAAACUACUGCACUCCGUGAAGGCAAGAUUUCUACGGUUUGUUCCUCUGGAAUGGAAUCCGAAUGGAAAGAUAGGCAUGAGAAUAGAGGUCUAUGGAUGCUCUUACAAAUCCGAUAUCGCCGGUUUGGAUGGCCGAAGCUCCCUCCUCUACAGGUUCAAUCAGAAACUGAUGAGUACUUUCAAAGAUGUGAUUUCACUCAAGUUCAAGAGCAUGCAGGGGGAUGGAGUCUUGUUCCACGGAGAAGGACAGCGUGGUGACUUCAUUACCUUAGAGCUGCAGAAAGGGAAACUCUCCUUUCACAUUAACUUGGGUGACAGCAAGCUACGAUUCAGCAGCAGCCCCACCACAGCCACUCUUGGCAGCCUUCUCGACGAUGAGCACUGGCACUCGGUUCUCAUCGAGCGUUUCAACAAGCAGGUGAACUUCACAGUGGACAAGCACACGCAGCACUUCCGGGUCAAAGGCGAUGCCGAUCACUUGGACAUUGAUUAUGAGCUCAGUUUUGGAGGGAUUCCAGUUCCAGGCAAACCAGGAACCUUUCUGAAGAAAAACUUUCAUGGAUGCAUUGAAAACCUAUACUACAAUGGAGUAAAUAUCAUUGACUUGGCAAAAAGACGCAAGCCUCAAAUCUAUACUGUGGGCAACGUGACCUUUUCCUGCUCAGAACCACAGAUUGUUCCCAUCACAUUCAUCAGCUCCAGCAGCAGUUAUUUGUUGCUCCCCGGAACUCCGCAAAUCGAUGGCCUGUCUGUCAGUUUCCAGUUUCGAACGUGGAACAAAGAUGGUCUGCUCCUGUCCACUGAGCUGUUUGAGGACACGGGCGUCCUGCUGCUCCACCUGGAGGCUGGUGCAUUAAGACUCGUUAUUCAAAAAGUGACUGAGAACUCCGUUGAGAUACAUACAGGCACCAACCUCAAUGAUGGUCUGUGGCAUUCAGUGAACAUCAAUGCCAGAAGAAAUCGAAUUACCCUGACACUGGAUAAUGACGCAGCCUCAGCUGUUCAUGAAACAAGCCCCGUGCUGAUAUAUUCAGGAAACAGCUAUUAUUUUGGAGGAUGCCCUGAGAAUGUCACCGAUUGUCCAUGUUUCAAUCCCACAAAAGCUUUCCAAGGCUGUAUGAAGCUCAUCUUUAUUGAUAACCAGCCCAAGGAUCUUCUUUUAGUCCAGCAAGGUUCCUUGGGGAACUUUAGUGAUUUACUCAUUGAUCUGUGUAGCAUCAAAGACAGGUGCUUGCCGAACUACUGUGAACACGAAGGAAUGUGCACUCAGUCCUGGUCUACCUUUUACUGCAACUGUAGCCAAACCGCUUACGUGGGAGCCACAUGCCACAACUCUAUCUAUGAACAAUCCUGUGAAGCCUACAGACACAAAGGAAAUCCAUCAGGUUUUUUCCAGGUGGACUCGGAUGGAAGUGGGCCUCUCAGACCAAUAUACGUUUACUGCAAUAUAACAGAAGAUACGAUUUGGACCACCGUACAGCACAACAACACAGAGCUCACGAGAGUCCGAGGGGCUAAUCCCGAGAAGCCGUACUCCAUGUCCUUCAACUACAGCACCAGCAUGGAACAGCUGGAGGCCCUGAUAAACAGUGCAGAAUACUGUGAGCAGGAGGCAACCUACCUCUGCAAAAAAUCACGUCUGUUGAACACCCCAAAUGGAAUGCCUUUCACUUGGUGGGUUGGUCGAGCGAACGAGAGACAUCCUUAUUGGGGUGGAUCUCUCCCCGGAGUUCAGCAGUGCGCAUGUGGUUUGGAAGAAAGUUGCCUGGACAUUCAACACUUUUGCAAUUGUGAUGCUGACAAAGAAGAAUGGGCAAAUGAUACUGGCCUCCUUUCCUUCAAAGACCAUUUGCCUGUCACUCAGAUAGUUAUCACUGAUACGAAUAGAUCCAACUCAGAAGCUGCUUGGAGAAUUGGUCCCCUGCGUUGCUAUGGAGACAGACAUUAUUGGAAUGCUGCCUCUUUUAACACAGAAGCCUCGUAUCUUCAUUUCCCCACCUUCCAUGCGGAAUUCAGUGCUGAUAUUUCCUUCUUCUUCAAAACAACGGCCCUGUCUGGCAUCCUCUUGGAAAGCCUAGGAAUUAAAGACUUCAUUCGACUUGAGAUAAGCACUCCUUCGGAAGUAACCUUUGCCAUCGAUGUCGGAAAUGGUCCUUUGGAGGUCACCGUGAGAUCUCCGUCCCCUCUGAAUGACAACCAGUGGCACUUCGUCAGAGCCGAGAGAAAUCUCAAGCUGUCAUCGCUUCAAGUGGACAGCCUUCCGAGGAAGAAGGUGGAGACGUCUGCUGAAGGACAUUUCCGCUUGCAGCUCAACAGUCCCUUAUUUGUAGGAGGCACAAUAUCCAGGCAGAAAGGUUUUCUAGGGUGCAUCCGCUCCUUACGCUUAAAUGGGCAGAAGUUCGACCUGGAAGAGAGGGCAAAGGUGACAGCGGGAGUUAAGCCUGGAUGUCCGGGACACUGCAGCAGUUACAGCACCUCCUGCCACAACGGAGGAAAGUGUGUGGAGAAGAACAGUGGCUACUUCUGCGACUGCACCAACUCCCCCUAUGAAGGGCCCUUCUGCAGGAAAGAGGUUUCUGCAAUGUUUGAAGCCGGGACUUCAGUGACUUAUGUCUUUCAAGAGCCUUACCCUGUGACGAAGAACUCUAGCUUUUCUUCCUCAGCCAUUUACACCGACGCUGUUCCAUCUAAGGAAAACAUUGCAUUGAAUUUUCUCACCGCACAGGCUCCAGGUCUCCUCCUCUAUAUCAACUCAUAUUUGCAAGAUUUCUUGGCUGUGCUCCUCCUUAAGAAUGGAAGCUUACAGGUCCGAUACAAGCUGAAUAAGGAAGAGCCCCAUGUGUUCACCAUUGAUGCAGAAAACUUUGCCAACAGGCAGAUACAUCAUGUGAAGAUCAACCGAGAGGGGAGAAAACUAACGAUUCAGGUUGACCAGUUUCAUAAAGUCAGGCACAACUUCUCUUCGGACGUGGACUUUAAGGCUAUCAAGUCGUUCACUUUAGGCAAGGUCACAGACAGCCUGGGAUUAGACUCUGAGGUUUCCAAAGCAAACUCAGUUGGCUUUGUGGGGUGCUUGUCCUCUGUGCAGUAUAAUCAUAUAUCUCCGCUGAAAGCCGCCCUGCGUCACCCCACCACUGCUCCUGUGACGGUCAAGGGCACCUUGUCUGAAUCCAGCUGUGGAAGCCUCACGGAAGCCGAUGUCAAUACGGUGACCACAAUCUACUCCUCAUCAGAUCCUUUUGGGAAGACAGAUGAGAGGGAGCCACUCACCAAUGAAAUCCGAAGCGACUCAGCUGUCAUUGGAGGUGUAAUAGCUGUGGUGAUAUUCAUCAUCUUCUGUAUUGUUGGCAUCAUGACCAGAUUCCUUUACCAACACAAACAGACCCAUCGAACCAACCAGACGAAGGAGAAAGAAUACCCAGAGAACUUGGACAAUUCAUUUAAACAUGAUAUUGACUUGCAGAACACAGUAAGCGAGUGUAAGCGGGAAUAUUUCAUCUGAUGGACAUCAGGGUUCCCUUUAGCUUUUUUUUUUUUUUUCUUGGUUUUAGUUUGUUUUGCCACUGUUCUCCUUGGAAGAAAAAACACCCCUCAGGGGAGACAUAGGCAACGGUGACACCACCUCCUUUGCUGCACAAACCUGUCACGUGACAUCUACAUCCAGGUUACCUGCUACGCUACUUUAGAUUGAAUAAGAGCCACAUAUGUGCAUGGUUGCCAAUGA